AUUAGGCAUCUGAAAACCAUCUUACUCUUCAUCCCUAAUACCCCCUUAACCUUUUAGUUUUAAGAUCUCAUUCGGGAGGAGCUAGACAGCCACCUGCAUUGAAAUCCUGCAUGUAUUGCCUCCCAAGUGGUGUAGUGGUCUAAGUGGUUGAGGUAUCACUACAGACCAAGGUUCGAUCCCAGGCGGUGUCACAACCAGGAGUCGCCUGGAGUCCCAUAGGGUGGGGCACAAUUGGCCCAGCCUCGUACGGAUUAGGGGAGGGUUAUGGCCUCGGGGGCUUUACUUGGCUCAUCGUGCUCUAGCGACUCCUUGUGGCGGGCCGGGCGCCUGCAAGCUGACUUCGGUUGCCAGUUGAACGGUGUUUCCGCCGAACACAUUGGUGUGGCUGGCUUCCGGGUUAAGCGGGCUGGUGUUAAGGAGUGCAGUUUGGCGGGUCAUGUUUUGGAGGACGCAUGACUCCAUCUUCGCCUCUCCCGAGCCGGUUGGGGAGGUGCAACGAUGAGACAAGAUCGUAAUUGGAUAUGAUGAAAAAGGGGGUUAAAAUAACAAAUGUAAUUAAACAAUUUAAAAUUAAAUAAAUCCUGCAUGUACUGCUACAGGGAAGCAACACAGAACACCACCAUUUUGUUGCCUUGCUACCAUCCCUAUGGUAACAGAUACUGUAUGCCCAGCACAGUCCAAGCUGAUCAUUACCCUGCCAGAGAAUGGGGAAUAUUCUAGAAGGGGACAGGUGAUGUGGAACGGGGAGAGGGCUGGACACAGAAUAAGUAACCUAAAAUAGCCGUUAUCCUUGUCGAACCAAUGGGAUGCCUGGCUUGGCAGUUGGCAUGGUGAUGUCACCACCUUUCAAGUUCUUGGUAAGGUUUGUGUGGCCUUCUUCGGUGUCUUGGCUCUACAAACAUUCAGCUGUGUUCAUUCUCCUGCGCUCAGUUUGUAUGCAUGUGUCUGUGAAUGUAUAUGUGUGUGAGUGUGUGUUGAACUUCAUGUGUUGAGCUGGAUUAGCCUCUUCUGUAUUGUGCAUCUAGUGCUGAGAAUACUCAACGGGGCUGCUGUGAAGCAUUGGCUCUUGAGGGACAAUGGUGUGGGUCAAACUCAGGGUCUCUCUCUUGCUCCUUCUGCUGGUUGUGAGAUGCAUAGCACUGGAAGAACCCAAGAAGAAUGAAUGUGUUUGUGGACAUCCAGGAAUACCAGGAGACCCAGGCCACAAUGGAAUGCCAGGCCGAGAUGGACGAGAUGGGUUCAGAGGUGACAAGGGUGAUCAAGGUGAAAUCGGCCUCACUGGACCAACUGGACAGAGUGGCUCCAAAGGAGACAAAGGGGAGCUGGGUACAGCUGGUCUGGCAGGAAUUAAGGGCAGACGGGGUGAGAAUGGAGAGAAGGGGCCACCGGGGAAGAUGGGGCCCCAAGGAGUCUCAGGGCCCAUGGGCCUAAAGGGCCAGAAGGGGGAGCUCGGGUUACCAGGAAUCCAGGGACCGAAAGGGGAUUUGGGGCCACUGGGGCCUGAAGGGCAGAAGGGGGAGAUUGGGCUCCAGGGGGACCGAGGCAUCCAGGGGCCCUUGGGAACUCCAGGUCGACCAGGACCGAAGGGAAACCUCGGCCCCCCAGGGUUCAAAGGCAACAUUGGUUACCGCGGAGAGCGAGGGAAUCUGGGCGAGACAGGAGAGAAGGGAGAGAAGGGGGACACAUUCUUCAUCCCAAAAAGCGCGUUCUCAGUGGGUCUAACCGAAUACACCAAACUCCCACCGGCUAACGCACCGAUCAGGUUUGACAAGGUGAUUUACAACCGGCAGGACCAUUAUGACCCACAGACCGGACGGUUCACCUGCGUGGUGUCAGGGGCCUACUACUUUACCUACCACAUCACUGUGUUCUCCCGUAAUGUAAAAGUAGCAUUAGUGAGAAACGGGGUGAAGGUGAUCCACACCAUGGAUAACUAUCAGAGCAGUGAGGACCAGGCGGCAGGCGGGGCUGUGCUGCACCUGGAGAAAGGGGACAAGGUGUGGCUGCAGGUGGCUGGAGGAGAGCUCUUCAACGGGCUGUUUGCUGAUGAAGAUGAUGAUACAACCUUCUCUGGGUUCCUUCUCUUUGGUGCAGAAUAGGGGUUAGGUCCACAUGGCUCAGUGAAGUAACAUGGGAAAGUUACAAUACUUUAUUACCACCUGUUACAUAUGACUUUAAUAUGACUUUAAUAUGACGUUAAUAUGACUUGAAUAUGUUAAUAUGAUGUUAAGAUGACUUUAAUAUGUCGUUCACAUGACGUUAAUAGCCUAUCUGCACAGUCAUUUUAGACAAUGACAAAAGCAUUGUUAAAAUGGUUUGUUAUCAAAUAUGAACAUAAACUAAACAACAAUUGUGUGUAAUAUUUUGAUGCUGCAACUGAUUUCGCCUAUCAUUUAAGAUCAUCUCUCUGAUAACUCAGCAAACUAUGACAGAUUUCCUGUGA